GCGCGAAAAACGGAUCGAAAACGGCAAGAAGCAAACGGAUCUCAUUACCUGGAUUCCUGUGAGGAACCUGACAAUCAGCAACACGAUCAUGAACGUCCGCCGGCUGCCCGGUUUCGUGUACAACUACAAGCUCGCGACUAUCCUCCUGCUGUCCAGCCUGUUCCUCGUCGUCUACCUGCUUCUACAUUGGGGUAUAAUGUGCACGAACCUCGAGGCCUGGCGACACGUAUCCAACGUGUGCAGCUCACAUCGAGAUGGCACCGCCAUGGGAAUUCUCUGUGAGCCACUGUGCACCGAAAAGGGGAUUCACUCGCUCGCAUGCGAGACACUUCACGCGGGCAAGGAGGCAGUAUUCUCGGCGCACUGGGAAACUACUCGACUUGUCUUCAAGGCUUCGAGGACUAAAACACCCUCGGAGCAAUUUGAGUCGCUCUACUGGGUGGACGCGACCGGUUUACGGCACUUCCCGUCCGAAGAGGACUUCGCCAAUAUGAUCAAAGACUUGAUGGUUAGCAAACUGAACAUGACGCUGUCGCAACAUCAGUUGGAGCGACUCGCCCGGCUGCGUACUCACCGGGUGGAGACCGAUCUCGUGCGACGUCGCCUGGAAAUGGAGAAUCUCUGGCCGUUGCUGCAAGAGAACGAGUACCUGAUGAUGAUCCUAUACGAGGACAGAGACGUGUUCCCGCAACUGAUCGGUACCUGCGGCACUUUCUACGCCGUGGAAUAUGUCAGGCCCAUCGAGACCCCAACGACGGUGCUGGCGUUGUCCGACUCAAAGCCUGAGUGGGCCAAGCGGCUUAAGCUCGCCGUGAUGAUCCUCGACCUGCUCGAGGAACUGGAGACCAAUAUGCCCGAGCCAUUCCAUCUCUGCGAUGUAAAGAUCAAUCACUUUGGUCUACCGUUGGGUGGACAGAAGCUUAAAUUCCUAGAUCUGGAUGCAGUUUUCCCCAAAACCGUGAUCGGCCGUAUCAUCACCGACGGCAAGAACUGUGAGAAGCACGAAGACUGUGAUUACUUCGACUGCCGGUCGGUGUGCUCGAAGAGCAAGCGCUGCGAGACGUCGGUCCUUAACAAUAAUCUGCAGAUCGUCUGCGAAAAGAUCUUCCUCGGCUGGACGCUCUCGGGAACGCUAAUUAUUCCUGGGUUGCUAAUGUCGGAACAUACCACCAGCAGUAUGGCCGUACUGUUAAGACAAUGCGCUAAUCCACAUAGCGACACGAAUUUACCGCGCGCAGCAGCAUCCGAGGAGGUAAAGAAGCGGCUGUACAAUAUGCUGAGUGAAAUGGAACAAGAGUACGCAGCGUUGGUAUAAAAAAAAAGAAGAAGAAAGCGACUUUAAUGAAGAAAACGAUACAUUCGAAAUCACGAGAAUUUAGGUAUUUAAUGAAAAAUGACGAGAACGUCGCGAAUUCGCGAUUAAGAAUGUAAAAUUGUCUCGUCAGUUCAUCGAAAUACCUGUUAUAUAGCCUUAUAUAGCUUUUCUUUUUUCUUUUUCUUUCUAUUUUUAAGAAUGUAGUUGAAAAUCGAUACGCGUAUUACACGCGAUCAAGGACUUUUACAUCACACAUAAGGGUAGUGUAGUGUGUUAGGAAUUACAAGAAUGUACUUUAUAAAUUCGCGAACUUCUAUAGAGUAUCAAGUUAUUGAGUGCGAUCCCACACAAAGAGUCAGAGACAUUUUUUAGACAUGCGUGUUGUAUGGAACGUCGCUAUUUGAAUAACGUGUGAAUUUCUGCAAAGGUCUCGUUACCCGUUUGUGAAUGAUGGUUUCAUUUAUCCAAUUAGGAAUGAUAUUACUAAAUAUUUUGUCUAAUCGAGCGCAACUCAUACACUUGACAAUGUAUUAACCCUUGAGUUCCGAGAUCGCGAUUUUCAUAAAACAAGCAAAAAGUGUCACGAGUGCGAUAGUACUUUUGAGAACUCGACAUAAAAGAGAAAAUUUUAUAUCAGUAGACUUUAAAGUGCUAAUCAUGCUAAAGUUAUGAUGACUAUUAUAUAUUUAUUAUUAAAAGAAAUAAUAAUGCAACUCUUAUAUAAUAUUUUUUACAAUAUUACAUUACAUGUUUUACAUCUUCCUUUUAGAGAAUCCUUUAUUUUUACAAAAAUUCCUGUGAUUUUUUGUGAAAUUUUAGCAAAACUAUUAAAAAACAAAGCGACACUCAAAACAAAUACAACAUUGUAUACGACCACGCAUAAUAAUCAGAAAAUUCAAGCCAGAGAUUCACAUUUGAAUUCAGUAUGGCACUCAAUGUGUUGAUAGAGACAACAAAGUUAGUGAUACGCAUAAGGAUUAAAGUAAGUUUAUUUUUAGUAGUCAAGGGAAAUUGAUCUAUAUUAGUUGUAAACGUACCGGCACGGAUGCCUGAUUAGAGAAAUAUAGAUGGAGAAGCAACGGAUAGAUAAUCCUUCAAUAAAAAUUGGAUGUCAUCAACCCAUAAGAAGUCAAUCCGACUUGGUGGGCCACGUUCCACUGAGGAACUUAUGAAUGCGCUUAAUUAGAAAAUAAAGAACGUCCAGUUCCUAAUAUCCUUAUGUAUAGAUAAACAUAUGUAGGCACGAUACGUCUAAUAUGUAAUAAAUUAUAUUAUACAUAUUGUAUAUCUAUAAUAUUAACGAUUAUAUAUACGUCAUACACUCGCGAGUGCCUGUUAUACUACUUUAUACCAUGUUCUUUCUUCCUCUUAUUUUAAACGCGACGGAGGUCUGCUCGGAAGUGCCAUUGUAAACUUGAAGUAAAAAUCUAAGAUAAAAAUCUAAAUAAAAAUAUUGAAAUAAAAAUGUAAAACACUCUUUUUAUAAUUUUUUCCAAAAUAUUUAUAUUUAUUUAGAUAUAUCAUUUAGAGAAGAAGAGAGAGAGAGAAAGAGGGAGAUAAUAUUUUCGUACGAUGUAUCCAAACUAUGUUAUUGUACAACAAUUUUAUAAAAUCUAAAGCAACAAAUGAUGAGGCAAAUAAGAGCCAAUUAUUUAGGCGGAAUUAACAAUAUGAUGAAUAUCAAUGUGACAUAUAAUUUCGUGUUACAAAAAAAUUCAAACGUUUCAGUCCUCUUUUUGGACUCUCUUCCAUUCCAUUCCAUUUUAACCAACUAACAAAAAAUACCAAUGACUACUCGGUCGUGUCUCUGCAUAAGUUGAGUGGACAUGAAUUUGAUUGGAACAAUGUUUUAAUUUUAGACAGAGAAGAUUCUCACAUCAAACGAAUUACGUCAGAAAUGUUUUAUAUAAUCAGACAAGAGAAUGGCUUGAAUUUGCAAGAAUAUGUUUUAGGUCUCCAUGAAGAUUACAUAUCAAUUAUCGAGAGACUUCCGCGUGUUUAAUUUGUUGAUGUAUCUGAUGUUAGCUGACUUUCUUGUUUUGGUGUCGCUUAACCUUUAUUGUAGUCUUGCUGUGAUUCUAAACAUAUUUAUUCUUUUCUCUAUUCUGCCGAAUUUCAUGUUUGUAAGAACAUAAGUGUGAUGACCAUAAUGGUUGAGUUUGGCGUUUUGACUGUCGGGUAAGUUAAAAAAGUGUUAUUUCUGAUUUAGCAAAUAUUCAAAAUUUUCGUUUAUUUAAAGGCCACAGUCAACCCGUCAAUGUCUUUAUCAUAUUGGUAUAAUAUGAUUGCCGAUGCGAGUCUCAACCGAUUUUUUUAUAUUGGCGACGUUAUUUUAUUUUGCGAUAUUUGUAAUUAAUGUUGUCACUGAAGAGGGUCCAAAAAGAGGACCGAAACGUUUGAAUAUUUUUGUAACACGAAAUUGAAUGUUACAUUGAUAUUCAUUAUAUUGUUAAUUCCGCCUAAAUAAUUAGCUCUUAUUUGCCUCAUUUGUUCUAUUAGAUUUUAUAUCUUUAGAGCCUUUACCUACAUUAAUAAUUUUAUAAAUUAGAAAAAAUACGCGUGUGUAUUAUCAUAUUGUCAAACAUUAUUAUCCUCCGAUAGUUUAAAUUAUUCGCAUUAACAUGCAAAUUGGUUUUUAGAAACGACGAAUAGAUAAUUUUUUAAAAAAUAAAAAUGACGUAUCGUCAAACCAUAAGAAGUCAAUUUGACUUGAUGAGUCACACUUUAUCCAUUUACAAAUGCGCUUAAUUAAAAAAUACCCAGACUCUCUCUCUCUCCCUCUCUCUUACAAAAUACUGACUUUUACGAUUGUCUAAUGAUAUUUGCCAACGCAUAUGGUUUAUUCGUGAGUCGCAUACGAAACUUUGUUCUGUCGAUGGGUUAGAUGAUCCGAGUCAUCUGGUUUUUCGUUGGGCCAUGUCAGUUUAGAGUUUCAUGUGACUUCUAGUGCGGCGACCCAUUGUUCUUGUUAGUUCUUCCGCGCAAAGCCCUAAUCUUAAUAGUUCCUGGACCCUGACGGAUACAUACAACGUGAACGUUACAGAUGUGGUGGAUGCAUAAACAAUUUCGCUUUUUACGAUUCGAUAUAUGAUAGGAUCUAUAAACUCUCUCCCCCCCCCCCCCUCUCUCUCUCUCUCUUAAUGUUUAGAUAAAGAACGUCCAGUUUCUAAUAUCCUUAUUCUGCUUAAUUUUUUUUACUGAUAUAUUUUUGUUUAAAAUAAUAUUUAGAAAUACUAAAAAAAUACUGGGAAGCUUACAAGUUU